GGCCAGCUGAACUCGACCACCACAAGCGCUCAUUGGUGGCCAAGUCAUGCCCGACACCACUAUCAGAAUAAAGUGUGCAUACACUGUCUGGCAACAAGGUGGUCGAGAGAGUCGACUGCAGCGCAAUAUUGGGUCUAGAAUCCGACUUUAUCGCGGCAUGCGCGCUUGAAGCUUUCGACUCAGCCUGGUCUAUGAAAUAGAAGAGGGAGAGAGUAGGUGUAUAAAGCUCGUGAUGGGGCAUUCUUUGCUCGUCUCCUGUUCUUCAUGUGCAUCUAGAUCGUUUACAUCCACGCGUGCCGCCACUAGAAUUCCACGGCCAAUUUGAGGACCACCCAGAAUACUCUUUACUUAUCUGAGGUAGCCAAUCAUCGACAAUGGACCAAGCGGACAAGGUCGACCCAAACGAAGCAGCUGAGCUCUUUAUCUGGGCCCUAACAAGACCCGACGACGAGGACAAGAAGCAGCAACUGGUGGCUGCCUUUGAGAAGGACCCGCAGACAGUCCUCGAUGCAGUCGACGCAGUCGCAAACAGGCUCAACCUCUACCCUCCCCACUUCGACUUCCUGGCUCCGGCGGGCGCAGUCGAACCUUGGAAGAACUGCAUCGGCGAACAAUCGUGCAUCCCUUUCGAUCGCCGCUGCCCUACGUCGUUGAAGGAGCUAGUUGGCGUCAUUGCCGAAGCCCGGGACGAGAAAGUCGCAGUGCGGGCCAUCGGGUCGGGCCACUCCUUCUCGGAUAUCACUAACACGCAGGGCGCGCUCCUCGUCGACCCGCACGACGGGCUCAAGCAAGUCUUUCCCGUCGACGCAUCCAUCCUGCGCGAUGGUUCGGAUCCGGCCAACAUGAUCAGAGCGCAGUGCGGCAUCACCGUCGCGGACCUCAACAAGGCGCUCGAUGCCAAGAAGCUGGGACUCAUCAACAUGGGCGCCUACGACGGACAGACCAUCUCCGGAGCCCUUUCGACGGGCACGCACGGUUCCGGGGCGAAGUACGGGCCCAUGGCGGAUUUCCUGCUCUCCAUCGUGCUUGUCACGGAGAGCGGCAAGGUGUACCAGAUCGAGCCCUCGCCUUCGUCGACCGAGACUCCCAUCACGGAUCCUGCCAAGUUCCCCGGCCACCUCCCCGAGGCGCCCGACGUCCCCGUCGAGCUGAAGCAAGACGACGAGUGGUUCCGCGCCGCAAAGGUGGCCAUGGGCUGCCUGGGCAUCAUCUACAGCUACACGAUCCGCGUGCAGGAGGCCUUCAGCGUGUCCGAGGUGCGCAGCAUGACGACGUGGGAAGCAAUGAAGCCGCUCCUGUCCUCCUCGUCGUGGCCGCCCCCGAUCCUCCAGGACAUUGACCACUUCGAGCUGCUGAUCAACCCGUACGCCGAAGACAACGCCUCGCACAAAUGCAUCAAGGUCGAGCGCAUGCGCAAGAAGCUGCAGAAGCCCAGCGGCGAACGGCUCUCCGGCUUCUGGAGCUGGAUGGAGAAGCUCAGCGUGAAGAACUCGUGGGCGCUCGUGACCGCACUGAACAAGGUCCCUGGCCUGCUCAACCGCAGCGCCAUCAACACGGCGCUCGGCUUCCUCGUCGACAUGGCCCCGCCGUACGUCGACGUCAGCCACGCCGUGUUCACGCUCGGCGUCGAGAACACGGUCAAGGCGUGGGCGGUCGAGCUGCACGCCGACGCGGCCGAGGACUGCGUCACGGCCAUCGACGCGGUGCUCGCGGCGUUUGAGACGCUCGGCAGGGAGCAGAAGUGGUACAUUGCCGGGCCGCUGGGGAUCCGGUUCAUCAGGGCAUCGGACGCGUUCCUGGCGCCGCAGGCGGGCAGGUUCACGUGCGCCGUCGAGCUCGACAUGCUGUACGGCAUCCACCACGACCGCGAGCUGCUCGGCAAGGUCAAGGAGAUUAUCUGCUCGACCGUCGGCGGCGACGAGAACCACAGCGUGCGCGUCCACUGGGGCCUCGACUGGGGCUAUACCACCCGCGACGACGUGCGCAGGUGGUAUCCCGACCUCGGCCGGUGGCAGGCCGUGUACCGGGCGCUGAACACGACGGGCAUGUUUGACAAUGCGUUUACCAAGCGGCUGGGGCUCAGGGAGUAGGGGAGACGAGUCGUUGACGUUCUUUCGGUUUGGUUGGUGUUGGGGGUUUCAUUGCUGUUUGAUUGUUGGCGGAAAGUGAUAACACGGGGAGGGAUUCGGUUAGUUUUUAAGGUACUUGUACGAGCCAUUGAUUUGAUGAAGCGGGUUGCGCAGGAGAACUAGAGAGAAAAAAGAUUGCACUGCAUACAUCAAGUACCUAGGUAACAGUGUAACUAAGGGUUCAGGGUCGCUCUUUGGUAGGCGGGGGCCCGUGAACCGUUGAUCGACGCUAUCUGGGCUGGGUACGAACCGCUGCGGAUGGCUCGGCCAUUCCUUUUUUGGCUCAG